UAUCGAGUUGAGAAACAUGGACGCUCCAUACCUGCUCCCAGAGCACAUCUUCAGAGACAAGUGUAUACUUCCUGAAUCUCUGGACAAGGACGACAGACUCUUGUACUUCCAGACGUCGGACAUGGCCGAGUGUCUGGCCGGUCCAGGAUACAACGCAGAGCGACUGUCCAUCCCCUACGUUCCCCAAGUGACAGAUGAAGACCGUCUCACCAGGAGGAAGAGUUUUGUGGACACAGUCUCCCUCCAAGUGGACAUCAUGUCCAACAGCCUUCCAGACAAG